AUGGCCAAGGUUAGUUGUAAGCUUGCAGUUAGUUUGCUUUUGAUAGUUUGCGGAAUUCAAUCGUCGAUUGCUGAGAAGCUAACCUCAUCGAUCGUUGCCACCGUCUUGAGGCAGAGCGAUAAAAAUGUGAUCUUUUCUCCGUGGCUGCUAACGGAAUCUUUAAUGCACUUGCAUUUGGCUGCAGGAGGCAAAACCGCCCACGAAAUCAACAAAGUUUUGCAAUUAAAUGGCAAAUUGAAAAGUGAGAUUUUCGCAAAUUUUUCCAAUUACCAAGAAAGUAUCAACAUAUCUGAAAGUCAGACACUUCACAUGGCAAAUCGAUUGUUUUUGGCAUCGGAAAUAAACCUAUCGUCAAAGUAUCUGCAGCAGGAAAAAGAAAUAUUUCCACACUCAAGCCAAAGUGUAGAUUUUGCAAAGUCCUCAGAGACUAUUCGCAUAAUUAAUAACUGGAUAGCCGAAGAGAGCAAUGGAACAAUAACAAAAUUAGUGGAGCAACUCGAUGCUAAGACAAAAGCUUUGUCCCUGAGUGCUAUUUACUUUAAGGGAUUGUGGAAAUACGCAUUCAAUAGAAACAAUACCAAGAAAUCCAUUUUCUAUAUACCUCAAAAAACUGGUGAACCACGUCAAAUCGAAGUCGACAUGAUGUUCCGAAGGGGACUUUAUAGACUUGACAUGAUUGACAAACUCGAUGCCAUGUCUUUGGAAAUUCCUUACGACAGUUCACAACUUUCAAUGGUGAUUCUACUGCCAAAAACAGUUAAUGGAAUCAAUAAAAUUAUUAGUAAUUUGAAUCAAAUGGACAUUGAUGAGAUUUCACCAAAAACAAACGAAAUGUAUGUUCAAGUCUAUUUGCCGAAAUUCCAUCUUGAUGUUGAGCUAUCUCUGAAUGAGGCUUUGAAGAGUUUGGGCCUUGUUGAAAUAUUCCAGAAUGCCAAUUUCUCAGCAAUGACCGAUUCUAAAGUGGACUUGAAAGUUGACAAAAUCUUUCAGAAAUCUAUCAUUGAGGUAGAUGAAGAAGGAUCAGCUAAUGUUGCUCCCCAAGAUUUGGGAUUUUCGUUUUUGAGAUUUCCCAUUGAGAUUGUUAUACGGAUAGAUCAUCCGUUUGUGUUUUUAAUCAAAGAUCACGAUAAGAUUUAUUUGGCUGGUCGUGUUACAAUGGAAUAACAUUAUUUAUUUAAUUACGAGUUUAAUUAUUAUACAAAAUAAUAUAAUAACUAAAAGAAGGGAGUGCUAGCUACUAAGGCCAUCGACUUAAGCAAUGGGAUAACAAUAAUUUAAUAUAGUUCAUAAAAAAAAUUAUAAAUUCCCGAAAUAUCU